AGAUUGUUCCAAUUGGUUUUGUAGGAACGAUUGCUCUUGUUUCUCUGAUCCAAAAGAAAGUCUUUUGAUUACGUUUCAAUUAGAUAUGAGAGUGUUGUUUUGUCUCCAUUCAGGACAUAUCUAAAAGCUUACCUCUAUUCGAUGGCAAAUAUGUCCGGUUUUCUUUCGUGCAGUAUAGUUAUUUUGCCUAGAAACUCUUCUUUUUGUGGUUUAAAGAAAUUAAAACUAUGGAGAACGUGUCAAUACAAGACAGUGGUUGCUUCUGUGAAUGAGGGAAGCAAGGAUGAUAUUCGAAGGCCUAAAGUACAGUGGUACCCUGGUCAUAUUGCAAAGGCAGAAAGAGUGUUGAAAGACAAACUCAGACUUGUCGAUGUUGUAUUGGAGGUUCGAGAUGCAAGAAUACCAAAGUCAACAGAACAUCCAGAACUGCAAUCAUGGCUCGGAGAGAAGAAGCGACUUGUAGUGCUUAAUCGUCGUGAUAUGGUGCCUCAAGAAGCACUAUCCGUUUGGAUCAAAACUAUCAAACAACAAGGCUUUGAAGUGUUUGAUACCAACGCGAAACUUGGAAACGGAAUACAAAGACUUAGAAAGGCUUUGAUUUUCUGUGGAAAAGCUAUCAACGAAAAGAGAAGAGUAAAGGGAUUAUUGCCGAGAAGUGUUCACUGCAUGAUUGUUGGAUAUCCGAAUGUCGGGAAAUCGGCUCUCAUUAAUAGACUUGUGAAUCGCGCUAUUGCAAAGUCCCAAAAUAGGCCUGGGGUGACAAGAACUUUCCAGUGGAUUCAAGUUUCUGAUCAAAUACAGCUUUUGGAUUCACCAGGAAUCAUACCUCCUAAACUUGUUUCACAGAGUAGUGCUGAGAAAUUGGCAUUUUGUAACGAUAUCGGUAGUGGAUCAUAUGAUAACCAAGUAGUUGCGUCCGCAUUGCUUGAAUGCAUUAGAAAUGUUGGAACAGUCUGGUCACAAGAUCAUUGUUUUGUCAGGUUUAACGAAAGAUUUGGUAUAGAUAUGCUAAAACACUCGGGAGAAAUGCUUCUGGUAGGUUCAUUUUUGAUUGCAGCCAUUGUUAGAGUUCACUAUUUCUCUUUUCAGGAAAUAAUUUCGCGAAAACAGUUUUCGAAUGAUAAAGAGAAGACAGCUCAGAAGAUUCUCGCAGAAUUUAGACAAGGACUUUGGGGACCGUUGUGCCUGGAAUGGUGCGAUUCAGAGCUGUAAAGUUUCGGUGUUUUGAUUAAA